AGCAGACCCAGAGUCUCCGGAAAUGUCCAACGUAAAUGGCAGUGCAAUCACAGAAUUUAUUUUACUUGGACUCACAGAUCGGUCAGAACUCCAGCCUCUGCUCUUCGUGUUGUUUCUGGUUGUUUACCUCAUCACUGUCCUAGGCAACCUGGGCAUGAUAAUGUUAAUCAGACUGGACUCUCGCCUUCACACGCCCAUGUACUUCUUCCUCACUAACUUAGCCUUUGUGGAUUUGUGCUGUACAACAAAUGCAACCCCGCAGAUGUUGGCUAAUAUCUUAUUUAAGAAGACCAUUUCCUUUGCUGGCUGCUUUACACAGUGCUACAUUUUCAUUGCCCUUCUCCUCACUGAGCUUUUCAUGCUGGCAGCAAUGGCCUAUGACCGCUACGUGGCCAUAUGUGACCCUCUGCGCUACAGUGUGAAAAUGUCCAGGCGAGUCUGCAUCUGCUUGGCCACAUUUCCCUAUGUCUAUGGCUUCUCAGAUGGACUGUUCCAGGCUAUCUUGACCUUCCGCCUGAGCUUCUGUAAUUCCAAUGUCAUCAACCACUUCUACUGUGCUGACCCACCACUCAUUAAGCUUUCUUGCUCUGAUACUUAUGUCAAAAAGCACGCGAUGCUGAUCUCAGCUGGCUUGAACCUCUCCAGCUCCCUCACCAUCAUUCUGAUGUCCUAUACCUUCAUUAUUGCCUCCGUCCUCCGGAUCAAAUCAGCAGAGGGAAGGCACAAGGCAUUCUCCACCUGUGGUUCCCAUAUGAUGGCUGUCACUCUGUUUUAUGGGACUCUGUUUUGCAUGUAUGUAAGACCACCAACAGAUGAGACUGUUGAGGAAUCUAAAAUAAUAGCUGUCUUCUACACCUUUGUCAGUCCGGUGCUUAAUCCAUUGAUCUACAGUCUGCGGAAUAAAGAUGUGAAGCAGGCCUUGAAGAAUGUCCUGAGAUGAAGUAUGGUCAUGACCAUGGCAAUGCCUUUGUUUCCUAAUAGACCUUAACACAAAAUCUUUGGCUCAAAUGUCCCUGCAUUCUGAUAGUGAGUUUUAAUAUUCUCUGCAAGUACAUCUGGAGUUUCUCAGCUAGAAAGCUCAUGCUGGGGAAAAAUGAGAUUUUUCUAGGCUUUGUCCCUCCAAACAUGCUCCAUGAAUCAUCAGCAUGAGCUCUACCUUGGAGGUUGUUGCACAUACAGAAUAGCAUUCUGCAUCUGAGGUGCACUGUAUUUAAAUAUGUGUUUUAUCCAACCCCCUAGGUGAUUUAUAAGGACAUUGAAUUUUGAGAAGCACUGCUGUGAAUGAAACAUGGCAUGCCCGGGAACACUGCUGUGCUCUUUUUGUUUACAAUGGUAAAGAAAAUUAGUGUGCCCUCAGCUCAAUUUCUUGAAUUUGUUCUCUUAUUCCCACCUGCUGUUUCAGCAGGAUGUCUUUAGAAACCCAUUCAUCUGUAUUCCAAGAAAUCUAUUCUUUUGUACUCCUCUGCUGACUUGCUGAGUUAGAUCAGAAACUAGGGGUCAUAGUAGUGGUUUCUAGUUUUUAUAAAUGCGCUUAUGUAGUGAAGAGUGCAAUGGGAAAAGAGAAGAACAGAAUAAUUGUACACUCUUAAACUUGAGUUUAUGGAUCUAGCUCUCUGAAUUACACAAACCUACCUCCUCAUUCUCAGCCUCCAGUCUAGGGAUGUUACUUUCUGUUUCACCUGAUUUUGAAAAAUUUAAGCAGGUUGAAAUCUGAGAAUAAGGACUAAAAUUAAAAUGGGAAAUAAAACAACUAAGUAAACAAUAGGUCAUACAAUAGAGUAUGUCCCUUGCUUUGAAUAUUCCUUCUAUUUCUAAUUAUGUUUAGGUAAAUAAUGUUAAUUUUUCUUUUCCUGAGCACUGGCCUGUUUAUAUGUGCCACAAAAGUAAUGAUUUCUUCUAGGAGAAGAGAAAAAAUUGCUCUGUCAUCUUCAAAAACCCUAAGAAAGCAGAGAGAAUUCUUCUUUAGGCAUUGCGCUAAAAUAAAUGAUUAAAGAACAAAUAAAAUACUAUUUUUUUCAAUAUAGGUUUUCACUGUGUCACCCAGGUUGAAAUACAAUGGUAUGAUCAUAUCAAUAGCUCCCUCCAACUCCUGGGCUCAGGUGACCCUCCUACCUGAGCCUCCUGAGUAGCUAGGAUCACAGGUGUGUGCUACCAUGGUUGGCUAAUUUUUAAAAUUUUGUUGUAUAUCUGAGAUCUGUCCAUGUCCAUGUGUCUCAGGCAGCUCAUAAACUUCUGGACUCAAGCAAUUCUCUUGCCUCAGCCUCCCAAAGUGCUGGGAUUACAAGCAUAAAUUAAUAUGCCAGGUCCUGGGAUUACAAGCAUAAAUUAAUAUGCCAGGUCCAGAUUCUUCUACUCUCCAAAAUUUCUUCUUAUUGCUUCAAAAUACUAAAUAUUUUCUAAAUACCUUUACUGGAAGACAAGUUCUGCCAUUACAGUAUUAGAAAAUAAAAGGCAUAAAAUAUUUUGUCCAUAUAAGCAUAGAUUAAGUUGUACAUUAAAUAACUGUAGUUAUAAGGCUUCUGAAUUUUGUUCUUGUUGUUUGAGUUUGUCAUUUGUUUUAUAAGUCAAAAAAGCCCCAAGCUAUCUAGGUCAACAAGGGAAAUUUAUUACAAAUAAAUGGUUAUAUUUCACAAAGUGUAAGACAAGAGUACAGCUAGAUCUCAGUAAUUCACCAAAACACUGAACUCUAAGGCUACAAGAAACCUUAUGUCUCAUUGUCUAUUUUAUGUCCAUUUGUUACUAGGAUAUAUAAUAAUUGAGUUUAAUUAUGACCCUCAUGUCCAGUGACCCUGCUCAUUUGUUUUAAUUAUAGUAGAAUUGUUGUUUAUUUCUUCUAUAAAUUCUCUAAAAUUAAUGGCAUUUCAUAUGCAAAUUAAGAGAUUUUAUUCCUUUUCAGCAUUUAUGAGUUUUAUUUAUUUUUCCUUCUUCAUUGCAUUGCAUUGGCUUAGACUGAAAUUAUAAUGUCAAAUAGAGGUAAUGAAAACCAAUAUCAAUGCCUUGUUCCUCAUUUCAUGUAUUUAUUUAUUUGAGACAGAGUCUUGCUCUUAUUGCCCAUGGACUGCAAUGGCACAAUCUCAGCUCACUGCAACCUCUGCCUUCUGGGUUCAAGCAAUUCUCCUGCUUCAUCUUCCUGAGUAGCUGGAAUUACAGGCACCUGCCACCACGCCAGGCUAAUUUUUGUAUUUUUAGUAGAGAUAGGGCUUCACCAUGUUGACCAGGCUUGUCUCAAACUCCUGACCUUGUGAUCUGCCUGCCUCGGCUUCCCAAAGCACUGGAAUUCCAGGUGUGAGCCACCAUGUCUGGCCUUGUUCCUCAUUUUAGGGGGAACAUAUUUAAUGUAUCAUCAGGUUGUAUAAUACUCACUGUAGAGUUUUCAUAGAGGUACUAUAUCCAUUUGAGCAACUUCCCUUCUAGUCUUUGACUUAUUUUUUUUUUCUGAGAAUUAUUCAGUUGUUGCAUGGAUCAUUAGUUUGAUUACUUUUUGUAGUAUUAUUGAGUAAGAUUCCAUUCUAAAAUUUGAUAUAUUUAUUUAUCUGUCUGUUGUUAGAAGUUGGAUUGUUUUAUUAAGUAUCAAAUUAUCUUAAGUUUCAGGCUUAAUAAUAGUGUUAUUUAUGGCACGUAAGGAAGAUUUUCCUACUUAUCCAAUAUAAACUCGUUCUGUGAGAGAUGUAGUUACAACAGUUAACAACCAUGAAUUUCUACUUUUGCUUGUGCAGGAUGCUCUGUUCUCUUUUUCUCAUCUGGUCAAGGCACCGUGGCUCCAACAUUCUUAUCUAUGGGAUAUCUUGAUAACUUUUGUAGGUAGAAGUAAGCAGUUUCUGCAUUGUGUCCUUAAUCUAGUUUUUAAUUAGAAAUUUUAGUUAAUUUCACACUAUGUUCAUUUCUGUGGUCAAAAAAAUCAAAUGAAAUUGUGAAAUGGGGUGGUGGCUGAAGGAUAGUAAUGAUACGGUUAGGCGAUUUUAACCAUGAAAUAUUUUUGAAUAUUGAAAAUAAAUCAUGAAGUAUUUUUUCUUUAAUGAAGAAAUCAGCUAUUCUGCUUCAUCCAUUUAUUGCUAUAAUAGAAAGCAAACUAAGUAUAGUCAGAUCAUUUGGAUUUUAUAAGAAUUUCAUAAUGUAAUUAAUGUAAAGUUUAUGAAUUUAAAAAAAUCAUGUGAAGCAAAACACUUGUGAAUAUA